UUCUUCCUUUCUCUUCUGCUCUUUACUCUGUUUUUCACGACUGCUUAAACAGAGCAAGCUUUGCUUGAGAGUUGACACUAUCCUUACGCCACCACCAUGGCAGAGCCCACCUCCACGACCCGCCCCCACAAAAUCAUAGCCGGAGCGGACUCCUUCGGCUUCGCCCUCAAGGACGCGCUCGUCUCCCAACUGCGCUCCCUCGACAUCGACGUCGAGGAUCUGGGCACCUCCUCCUAUGGCUCCAUCGCAGCCGAGGUCGGUCGCCGCGUAUCCUCCUCCCCCGCCGACACCCGGGGCCUCAUCGCCUAUGGCUCUAGCGUCGGGUUCGCCAUCUUCGCCGACAAGUUUCCGGGCGUCUUCGCCGCCACCUGCCUAGCCAGCGAGGAAGCCCUCAACGGCCGCUCCAUCAACAAGUCCAACUCCCUCGCCCUCGCCUGCCUGUCCACCUCCCCGGAGUCUGCCGUCGAGAUCCUCAACACCUGGCUCAACACCCCCUUCAAGUCCCCUUGCCCCGCCUCCGGCUCCAACCCCUGGCCCGAAUAUUGUUUGGUGAAUGACAUGGAAUUCAGCCCGAUCGACACGAUUCCAGGUGGGUCGAUGAAGAUCCUGAGGGAGAGCCCAACCUCGGCGAUUGUGAGGUUCAAGGCCGGGAGUGAGGAGCCUGCUCACCACCAUACCUUCGGGCUCCAACAGGUGGUGUUGGAGGGGAAGAAGAGAGUGUGGAAUAUCACAAAGGAGGAGAGUUACGAUUUGGGGGUUGGCGACUAUUUGUUCACUCGGGCAGGGGAUGUGCAUAGGGCUCAGUAUUAUACAGAUACUGAGCUGUUCAUCACGUGGGAUGGAAAGUGGGAUAUGAUCUUCACCCAGGAUCUUGAGGCUGCCAAGGCUGCUAUUGACAAGGAAUUAGAAAAUGGGUCUAAGUGA